AUGCAAAAUCCUAUGCUGGAAGAAGUCCAUCCGGCGAAACAGCCCUCCGACACAGGCCUGGAGAAUGAUGCGCAGCCAUCUAGCGAUGUCAGUCGAGAACAAAUCUCUGAAAGCGCCUACCUGGUCCGAUUCGAGGACAGCGACCCGAAGAACCCCAAAAACUUCCACCCCUGUUACAAGGCGUGGCUCACCUUGGAAAUGAGCAUGUUGGCAUUCAUCGGUUCGUUGGGGUCAUCGAUUAUGUCGCCUGCACAGCCAGACCUGGCGGAUUACCUUGGGGUCAGCAUGGAAGCAACAGCCCUUACCCUAUCUCUCUUUGUUCUUGGGUACGCAUUUGGCCCGCUCGUCUGGGCUCCGAUCAGCGAGGUAUAUGGUCGUCGAUUGUCUAUGCUGCCGCCGGUCUUCGCACUAGGCUUGUUGAGCAUCGGAACGGCCGUGAGUAAAAACGCCGCCAGCAUAUUCAUCACUCGUUUCCUAAGUGGUCUCUUUGGGUCUGCUCCCAUCAGCAACGUGUCAGCCGCAUUGGGAGACAUUUAUGAUCCGCGCACUAGGGGUGUCCCAAUGGCAUUCCUAGCGCUCUGUGUGGUUGGAGGGCCAACUAUCGCGCCAGUGAUUGGUGCGUCUUUGACGGUUAACCCAAACCUUGGAUGGCGAUGGACCGAAUACAUGGAAGCAAUCAUUGUCUAUACUGUCUGGACUGUCGCAAUCUUCUUUUUGCCUGAGACGUACGCGCCUGUCCUUUUACGGCACAAGGCUCGUGGCAUGCGCCAGGCUACUGGAGAUCUGCGAUACUGGCACCCGGCGGAGACAGAAAAGAUUAAUUUGAAUAACAUAGUCACGAAACAUCUGAGUCGGCCUUUAAAGAUGUUCUUUACUGAGCCGAUGGUGACUACAAUUGCGCUCUAUGCCUCAUUCAUUUACGGAUUGUUGUUCCUGAUGCUCGAAGUUUUCCCUAUAGUCUUCAAAGAGGACCGCAACUUAAACUUAGUUAUCUCAACGCUCCCAUUUCUAGGCCUGCUAGUGGGUGUCAUCUGUGCAUUGCUUGUAAAUCUUGCAAACCAGCCUCUAUAUGUGCGUGCCGUCCAGAAAAACCAGGGACGGGCGGUUCCUGAAGGACGCCUGCCGCCCAUGAUUAUAGGCGGUCUUCUCUUUUCGAUAGGACUGUUCUGGUUUGGGUGGACCGCAGUUCCCAGAUAUCCAUUGGCAUCGCCCGUGGUGGCAGCUGGGUUUAUUGGUGCCGGCUUCAACAUUGUCUUCCAGCAAUGUCUCAAUUUCCUGGUAGAUACCUAUGGGCCAUAUGCUGCCAGUGCGGUUUCGGCCAACAACUUGCUUAGAAGCCUGAUGGCCUGUGGACUGCCCUUGGCAGCGAGGCCCAUGUUCCUCAACCUGGGGGUUGGCCCGGCAUCAACUGUGCUCGGUGGGAUCUCCUGCUUGGCCUUGCCCGUCCCCUUCUUGUUUAUGAAGUACAGCAGAACGCUGCGGCAAAUCUCCCGAUUUGCACCCACGGAAGAGUAG